UAUUUUAACUCUGCUAUUCAGAAAACACUAAAAUUGUGUCCAAGACGUCUGGGUGCGCUCAGGUUGCUACAAACGAUGGUUAAAACUGAAGAGCUUGGUGCUAGCGCUGGCUGGCUGGUUAGCUACAGUUUGUAAGUGAACAGAAUUCACUGACUGAUGGAGACCGAUUGAUGGUAAAUUAUCAAAUUUCUUGUAACAAUGGAAGUAGUUUUAACUUGUUCAAUGACGUCUACUCCAUUCGACUCAUUUGCUGCCACAGUGACAGUGGAUUCACAGUGAACGCAAUCUUUCAUUUGUCAGGUAGCAGCUUUGGUGUCAUGACCCAAGAAAUUGACGAAACGGAUAUGCCGUGAGAUGUUUGUGUAAUGUCAGCUUCCCAAGAUUUGGGAUGGUCGGAGGGACAUACUGAGAGUCACUGCUGACUAUUCACGCAGGUAACAGUCACUGUCGUCAUGUCACGCAACAGCCAGGAGAAGCCGUCCCGUACUGUGCGACACACCCGCAUCGAUGAUGAGUCCGUCAUCGAGAAGGUCUACACGUUUGGCGAGAAACUUGGGGCCGGGAGCUUUGGGGUGGUGCUGGAAGCCACGCACAAUGAGUCCAAGGAGAGAUGGGCCAUCAAAAUUGUCAACAAGGAGAAGGCGGGCAGUUCAGCUGUCAAGCUCUUGGAAAGGGAAGUGGCCAUUCUGAAGAAAGUCCGGCACAAACACAUUAUUCACCUAGAAGCAGUCUACGAAACCUCACAGAAAAUGUACCUUGUACUAGAGCUGUGCAACGGGGGAGAGCUGAGCGAUUUAUUUAAGGAGAAAGGAGCAUUCACAGAGGAAGACACAAGGACAGCUAUUCACAGAUUGACCAGUACUGUCUCAUAUUUACACAAAAAUGAUAUUGUACACCGAGAUAUAAAACUUGAUAAUAUUUUACUAAGCCAAGACCCUGAGCAUCCAGAAGACCACCUGAAUAUCAAGCUGUCAGAUUUUGGCUUGUCAAUACUCAAAGGAAGGGCCGGCAGUGAUUCCAUGAUGCAGACCAUGUGUGGCACACCAAUGUACAUGGCUCCAGAAGUUAUAGACAAUCAAGGGUACAGCCAACAGUGUGAUGUGUGGAGUAUAGGUGUCAUUGCUUAUAUGCUAUUAUCUGGGUACCCGCCUUUCACUGGGCGAGAUGAAGACGGCUUAUACGAGGAGAUCAGAAGAGGGGAACUAGACUUCUCAGGUGCUGUCUGGAGAAAAGUCAGCGAUGAAGCCAAGAACGCCAUCCAGGGCUUGCUGACGGUUGACCCCGCCCACCGGCUAACUGCCAGCGAGCUGCUCCACCAUCCCUGGAUCACCGGGGAGAAGGGCUCGGACAACGACGGCCCCAAGAACGUGCUGGAGAUGAUGAAGCAGUGGAAGGACGAGCUGAUGCUGGAGGAGAAUGGCCAGGUGGACUCCAAUGCCAACCUCACGGGGGAGGGGGAGGGGGAGACGGAGGAGGGCAGGAUGGGAGGAGAAGCACACCCCAAAGAGGAGAGUGAAAAGCCAUCGGACGACACUUCAUGUUCAAAGUCAGCCGGUGAUAAAAGCACCCUGUCUUCAAGGAAAGCACCGACUGCGUCCAAGUCAAACACUUCAAGAAACUCUUCGAACAACGGGGCCCACAGGACCAGAGGCACCGCCUCCACCACGCCUUCAGGCCCAGCCUCCAAAGCCACACCCCCGCGGUCUCGAACGGCCGGACAGCCCCCAUCUCAGUCCAGAGCAUCUCCGCACAGACCCAGUGAGGUCACCGCCAACCGAGCGGCCGCUGCAAAGCCCCGAUCGCCAAAAGCAGCCGCCAUCACAGCAAAAUCGAAGCGUAAGCCUCCUGUGGGCAGCUGAGAUAAUCUUGGAAAAAAAAAAUCAACAAACUGAAGUCGGUCCCUUUCAGUUCAGGGAUCAGUGUUCUUUUAUAUUUAAGACAAACCACCCCAAAUCAAGCUUGUGGAUUGUAAGGCAUUGUGGGACUUAUUUAUACUGUAAUCAACGUUUGCUUGUAAGUGUCAUAGCAAAACAAAAACUUAUACUGCGUAUUUAUAUCUCAAGGUCUGUACUGAUCAGCGCUUGGAUUUCAUGGUAGAAGUAUUUUAUGCCAGCUCAUUUACUGCAUGUGUGAAGGCUUUAUAAUUCAGUCCACAUCCCUCUUAAAUCACUUCCCUUACAUUACUUCUAUGGUCUUGAAUCCAGUGCCGACAGAGCCAAGAUUUACACAUGUGGUGCUUCCUGUGUCCCUUGACAGCAUAUCAAGCCAAGUCUUCAAAUCAGCAUCAAAAAUUAAUACACACACUUGUUUAAACUGUAGAAGGUGCCAUCCGCUCAAGUAACCAUUCAUUUAUGACAAAAUGUUCCUGAGUCAGUGUUGUACUGCAAGCAGUAGUGUCAUAUGAUCUGUAGAAAUUGAUGGAAACUUUUAGAAGUUACUAAAAAAGGAUUCUUCAGAGGGUGAUUAGUACAGUUUACCAGAAAAAUUGGUAAGAAAACAUAGGCAAGGUGUGAUUUGACAGAUUUAACCUUUGGGUCUCUUGCCCAUGUAGUAGAUGGGAUUUGGUGUGGCACCCAUGGCAUAAUUUCCAAACCGACAUUGAUUACUGUUUACGCAGUCUUGGUGUGUGACAAAGAUGGCCGAACAGGGAGGGCUGUGAGUACACAUCAAAAGUCAUUUGCAUGAACAUUCCCAUUUCUAAUCUUUCCUUAUCAAUGAAACCAAACAAAACAAAAAAUAAAGCCUGUAUAUAUUCAUUCAGAUUGAAGAAAAUCUAUGAUAUAUUAUUCUGGAAAUCCGUCCUGAAUGUUCUAGGUUAUUAAUGGAGUGUGUCUUAAUUAAUAGCAGUGUAUCUAUUUUUGUAAUUAUUAUGCAAAACGGCUUUACAAGUAUUAACAUUUCUCUAUUGUUUUCUCUGUGGGGGAAAUGGUGAAUCGCCGGAUGCCAUAAAUCAAAUGUGAAAUCAAAUGCCAGUCAGAAGUAUUUGUCAAGGUAAUUUUUUGUUGGCUGUCGGGGCGGUAGCUUUUUUAAACCAACAGUUUGUUAGGCAGAUGAGCCAUCGGUGAUGUAACCAUCAGAAUUGCAAACAUCCUGAAAUGUUCUACAUGAGUUUGCAGUCACAUGAGUGUGAGUAGUCAGGGUCAAGCUGGCACAAAAGGACGGCAGUACCUUUAAAAAAAUCUUGUUGCAUUUGCAUGAAAAGCACGAGGUCGGUUGCAAAGGCAGUAACCAGCGAUUGUGUAAACUGUGAUAAACUGCCCAAUGUCAGGAAACUUUUAAUCUCUGUGUAGAACAGGUUGAGGGUGUGUUUAAACAUAAAGAUAUGUCAAACACUGGUUGACUAAUACAUUGUAAUUAUUUGUGGAAUUUGUUCAAGAAUUUGAUUUAGAAGACAGACUGUAAUGAAACUGGGAAACACAUGCCUCUUUUAAGUUAAUGUAAAUUGUUUUGAAGUGCAACUAUCUUGGAGCAUUACCAUUUUAAGGGAGAGCUAUUUUUUUUCCUUUAUUCCCUCAAAGAUCUCCUGGUUUUUUGUUUUUUUUUGUUUUUUUUUUAGAAUAAUGGAAAAUUAUGUAUUUUUAAAAUUGCCUCGCUUUCAAGUACUUUGAAUUCAGUUGAGAAUAGAUGGAAAUUGAGCAUGCAUUAUGCCAAUGCGGCACAUGAUAGGUUUGACUUUGGUUCGAGCAUGACUGAGUAGAAUUGGAAUAUGCACGGUGUAUAGAGAGAUCAGAUACCAAGCUUGUCUAUUUAACUUGAGAAAAGCGUCUUCAAUAUUUAUAUUUCCAAGCGCCAUUUGUGCCUUGUGUGUGUUAAAUGCUAGGAUGUAUUAUAGAAUACAAAUAUGAAUCAAAACUCAUCGUC